UUUUGCGGCAGCGCCGCUCGUUCCCACAGGAGUUUAGAGAAUUUUUGAAAGCGGUGUGAGUUCGUGGUUUGUCCUGGUCAGCAGCUCCAGUCAGCAGCUCCAGUCAGCAACUCCGGCAGGUGCGAAAACAUGUAAACGGUUCCUCCCGGCGCUGUGUGAUCGGCAGAAGGUGGAAGAAGAUGGACACUGCCAGGAGGAAGUUGUGGCUCAGCGGUCUGCUCUGGUGGUCGCUGCUGGUCGAACUAACGGCUGGAGCUUCUUUCUACGGCGACGGCUUCGUUCAGCUCAAGGCGGCGGAGUCGUCCAACCAUAACACGCUACGCGUUCGUUUUCGGACCUCCAGCACCGAUGGCCUGCUGUUUCUUGCCGGUGGCCAGACUCACUACUUCCUACUCGAGCUGCACACUGGUCGCCUCCAGUUGAAACUGGACCUGGGUUCUGGUGAGCAGGUGUUACAGUCCGACCCAGGAACACAGCUCAAUGAUCUCGCCUGGCACUCUGUGGAAGUCCACCAUGUGUUGAACGACAUCACUCUGACUGUGGACAAAAACUCACACACGAAGAUUAAAAUGCCGGGCCUACUGCAUAAUCUGAACAUUGUGGAUGGUCUUCAUGUUGGAGGCUCAGGGGGCCUAGACAGGUUUUAUCUUCCCAGAGACCAAGUUGGCUUCAGAGGCUGCAUGGAGGACGUGGUCUUUAAUGAUCACGACCUGCUGUCAUCUCUGAGGCCAUAUAGUGGAUUCAAGUACGUCCAUGAGGUGUCUUUAGGCUGCAGUCCCCAGUUUUUUGCGACCAACGAGGACCCUAUCAGCUUCUUCAGCUCGAAGGCGUACGUUUCACUUCCGACUUGGAAUGGCCAUCAGCAGGCGGUGUUUGAGUGCAUCGUUCACACAUCUGCCAAAGAAGGAAUUCUGUUGUACAACUCGGCCAGAGAAGGGGACUUUGUGGCUUUAGAGAUUCAGGAAGGCUUGCCAGUGGCAAUUGUUGGGAAAGCCGGGAGCAAAACUGAGCUCCGCUCCCUCACAUUCAUCAAUGACAAGAAAUGGCACUCGGUCAAGCUGCACUUCAGUUCCAAAAGCUUGGAACUCAGUGUUGAUGGUGAGAUGGUGAAAAGUAGCAUCAGCUCUAGGACAAAGGAGAUUCAGCUGAAAGGUCAUCUUUUUGUUGGAGGUAUAGAUGACAGCACUAGAGCUGAAGCCAGAAAAGUGGGCUUGGUCUCCACGUCUGGAAAACGUGUCAGAGGAGGUUCUUUUAAAGGUUGUCUAAAGAACAUUGAGGUGAAUGGAGUCAUGAUAAGUCUGGCCGAUGCUGUAGUCACCAAGGACAUAUCAGUUGGUUGUGAGCCAGAGAAAGAACCAGAACCAUCAACCACACUGAGUCCAACAGUUUCUUCACGACCUUCAUUUAAUUUAGUCACACCAACACCACCAUUCCAGAUGUCUACCCUAGCCAGGGGCUUGGACAGAAGGUAUGGCUACAAUUUUGUACAGCUCAAAAACCUUGUGGUCCCAGAAGGUGGCCGGGGAUCCCUUGAUGCCAAACACAUCAAGGUUCUCCUGGACUUCAGCAUUCGCCAGUCUCAGAUCAUGUUCAGAAUUCAAGAGCAACCGCUACGUGGUCAGAUAAGACUCGACGUAGAUCAAGACCAGGAAGAGAACACCUUCAGCAUGUUGGACCUCUGGCAUGGAAGAGUGAUGUACAUCCACGGAGGCUCGGAAGAACCAGAUGACUUCUUCAUGUUUUCCUUUUUUUCUAGCAGUAGAAAGCAGGUUCCCGAUUAUCUCAAGACUAACAAAUUGUAUCGCUACAAUAUCACUGUGACUCCAACCAAUGAUGCACCGGAGUUGAGUCUUCCUGAAGGAAAUCUAUUUGUUCUGUUGGAGAACUCUAAGAAACAUCUCACCACAGAAGUUCUGAAGGCAACGGAUAUUGACAGCAACUACACCGACCUUGUCUUCUCUGUACUUGGAAACCUAAAUGCUGAUGCAGGUUAUUUGGAAAUUGAGAACAACCCUGGCAUGGCAGUCACCUCAUUUUCAUACUCAGACCUAGAAGAACUGAGGGUGUACUACGUUCACCAUGGGGUUAGAACUUCUCGGAUAGUUCUCAGAGUAAGUGACGGAGAGAAGGUCAGCAACACUGUAGUCCUAAGAGUUAUGGCUAUAGCCCUGGAGUAUAAGAUUGCAAACAACACUGGCCUGCAGGUCAUUCAAGGAGAUGCAACUGUAAUCAGUUCAAAACAACUAAGUGUGCAAACCAAUGCUGUGAAGCAGAUAGUAGACAUCCGCUAUGAUGUCACCGAAGCCCCUCAGUACGGAGAACUCCAAAGACUUCACUCAAGUGGUGAGUGGAGACCUACAGACUCGUUUUCCCAAAGACUUCUGGAAAAAGAACGUCUGCGGUACAUUAGCACAUUUGUAGACAUUCAAACGUCAAACGCCACCGAUUCCUUUAAGUGCAAAGUUAAUGUGGCUUCAAGAGCAACCACUGAAAUUAUCUUCCCAAUAACUGUGAAAUGGGUCAAUUACCAAGUGAUUAAGAAUGUUAUGAUGGACAUGGACAAAGCAAGAAAAGUUACUCUGGACUCUGAGCAUAUUUUUGCCAUAGCUGAAGGUGCGGUCCUCUCAGAGGAUGAACUUUACUACCGGGUUCUCACCACCCCAAAGAAAGGGAUACUCCUGCUUGACACCAAGCUCUUAAAGAAGAACUCAACUUUUAGCCAAAGGAAUGUUACGGAUCUGAAAGUUCACUAUGAACUAGUCGACAGGCCUUAUACAGACACAAGUGACAGGUUCAAAUUUCAGCUGGUGUCCAAACACGCUCAGUCUCAAAAUUAUGAUUUUCAGUUUUCCAUCAAAGCUGAUGUCAACAGCGUGUUCAUGACAAAUGACGGUCUUUCCCUCUUGGAGGGUGAAAGUAAACUCAUCACAAAGGAGAAUUUGUUUGCAGAGACUCUAAGUACAAAGGAUUUGUACUACACCGUCAUAAAGAAUCCCAAACAUGGGAAACUGGCACGGAUCAGUCAGUCAAAUUCAAAUGCAAGCUACGACAACAUCGUUAGCUUUAGCAAUCAGGAUAUAUUAGAGGACAGGAUUAUGUACAUGCAUGAUGACAGUGAAACAACUCAGGACGAGUUCACCUUCAUCGCUUCCGCAAACCAGGGAUUAAAAUUUACCAUCUCAGAAGAGGAUGUUGGUUCUAAGGAAGGAACAUUUAACAUAUCUAUUCAAUUAGUCAACGAUCAGAAGCCAGUACGGGUUGUUGAUAAAGUUUUCCAUGUGGUGAAAAACGGACAAAGAUUACUUACCCUGGAGGACUUAUGUUAUCGUGACAAAGACGAUGAUUUUGAUGACAGCCAGUUAAUUUACUCCCGGCGUGGUAUCCCAUUGGGAGACCUGGUUCUGGUCAAUGACUCCAAUCAUCGACUGUUCCAAUUUCGUCAGCAGGAUCUGGAGGAAAAGCGAGUGUUGUUUGUACACAAAGGAGUGAGUACCGGGAGAUUUGUACUGUUUGUCUCCGAUGGAAAACAUUUUGUAUCAAGUCUUUUAGACAUCAGUGCACAGGACCCUUUCUUGAAGGUUGAAAACAACACAGGAUUACUGGUCCAGAAGGGUCAGUCAGUAACCUUGACAACCAGUAACUUCAGUGUCACCACUAACCUGGACGUCCGAGAUGACCAGCAGGUUGUUUUCAAGUUGGACGAGGCUCCCAAGUAUGGAGGACUUUAUUGUGAAGACACAAAGCUGGAUUCGUUCACACAGUCCGAUCUAAAGGACGGACGCGUCUCCUAUCGUCACGGAGACAGCAAACAUCUGACCGACUAUUUUAAUGUUACAGUGAGAGCUAAAAAUAUUCAACUUUCAGUGAGGAUUAAUGUAAAGAUUUACCUGGAAAGUCAUCAGAGGCCUCCUAUUGUGUUACAUCACAACCCUUUACUGGUCGAAGAAGGAAAACCAGUGAAAAUUGACGAAGCUGAUCUCAAGGUCACCCAUGAGGACAACCUGCCAUCAGAGAUUGUUUUCACAGUUAAGGUGGAACCUCUGCAUGGUAUUCUCAGGCGAUUUAUUGAAGCAGAAAAUCACUACAUCGGUACCAAACAGGACCCUGUCAAGACCUUCACCCAAGAGGACAUCAACAACGGGAACAUUCAGUACAUGCAGGAAGAGCCGGAGAAAGCCAACGACACCUUUGUCCUGGACGCCACCAACGGAGUCACAGACGUGGGGGACAUCAGGAUGUCUGUUGACGUCAUCCCACGUCUCAUCCCACUCCAGGUCCACAAUUUCACUCUGAAUGAGGGCGCCUCCAAGGCACUGACGGAGGAACUGCUCCAAGUCACCAACAGGCACUUUUCCGGAAUCAACUUCCUGUAUAAUUUGUCCCAGCCCCCACGGCACGGUCACGUUGAGCAUUCUCGACAUCCUGGCGUGUCCAUAACCUCCUUCACCAGGAGGCAGGUAGAACAUGAAUUCAUUUACUACGUACACGACGGCAGUGAAACCUUAGAUGACAACUUCACCGUAGUGGCCAAUGACUCAGGACUGAGGAAACGGAGUGCGACCCAGACGGUCUACAUCCAGGUUACAGCUGUCAACGACGAGCCGCCUGUCAUUACAGUUAACAGGGUUCUCAGGGUGUGGGUCUCCUCAGUGACACAGAUCACAGCUGAGGAUCUGAAAGUGCAGGACAAGGACACGCCUCCAGAGGACCUUCACUUCAUGGUCACCCCACCCAGCAAUGGGCAUCUGGCGCUGAAGAGCGCCCCCAUGAAGCCGGUGCUGAACUUCACCCAGGCUCACAUAGACCAAGGCCAGCUGCUGUUUGUGCACAACGGUGCCAUGUCUGGUGGGUUCAAUUUCCAAGUCAAUGAUGGUGUGAACUUCAGCCCCAGGCAGAUCUUCAGCAUCACAGCCAGAGCCUUGCUUCUCAGUUUAGAGAAGAACCGCCUGCUCAAGGUUUUUCCAGGCUCCUCUAAUCUCAUCACUAACGAGCAUUUACAAGCCGUGACUAACGACAUCAGCAACACCUCCAGCAGAGCCAUCACCUUCAGUGUGAGCCGACUUCCUAAACUGGGCCGACUGGUGACGCAACAGCCUGACAACUCAACAGUGGACAUCAGCACCUUCACACAGGACAUGGUUGACAGGAAGGAGGUCAUGUACAUUCAGACUCCCAUUGAUUCAGUGGGCUGGGAAGCAAUGGACACCAUAACCUUCUCCGUGGCAUCGCCUCCUGCUUCUCUGGAGGGUCAGACUUUUAAAAUAGACAUUUCCUUUGAGAAUACUGGACCUGAGCAGAACACAGUCCUGCUGGCAAACACAGGUGUAACAGUCACUGAAGGAGAGAGCGUCACGAUUGACGAGUCAAAUCUUGAUGCCACUAACCUACUGUCCAAGCUUCCGACUCUCCAGAGAAGCUCCUCCGAGGUGUGGUUUCAGGUGACAUCUCUGCCCCAACAUGGUGUCAUCGUGGUGGGAGAGCGGAACGUCACCAAAGAAAAGCCCAACUUUUCUCAGUUCAUUGUCAACAAAUAUGGAAUCACCUACAAGCACGACAACUCGGAGACAACCCGUGACUCCUUCGCCUUCAGCGUGUGGCUUAACCCCAAGGGUAAAACGGCGCAACUCCCUGAAGACGACAGCGAUGUUGUCGAGGAGCGUUUUAAUAUCACAGUCACACCUGUGAAUGAUCAGUCACCUGUGUUGAAAACCAAAACCCCAAGAUUGACAGUGGUACAAGGAGAUACCGUGGUCCUCGGUCCAGAGAAUCUUAAGGUGGAAGACUUGGACAAUCCUCCUGAAGAUAUUAGGUUUACUGUCAUUAGCAAACCAAACAAUGGCUACCUGGCUGUGGAGGGGAGUUUGAAUGCGUCCAUAGGGGCCUUCACUCAAGCCCAGAUCAACAACAGAAGCAUCUAUUUCAUCCAUGACGGCAGCUCUGUCUCUGGGGUCUUCUACUUUAGCGUCACAGACGGUCACCACAGACCUAUUUAUAAACUUUUUAACCUGGAAGUGACCGAGAUCACCAUUUCUCUGGUCAACUACACUGCACUGACCCUGGAGCAGGGGACAACCUUGGUGUCUCUGACCCAGAACAACCUCGCAGCGGUCACCAACGGGAAAAACAUCACCAUUCACUACCAGAUUACCAGACCUCCAAACUUUGGUAAACUCUUGAUGAACAACAACGAAGUGACUCAGUUCGAACAAGAAGAUUUGCAAACGGGAAGCUUGUCCUACCACAUGGUCUCCCUGACCUCAGCAGAAGACAGCUUUGAGUUCACUGCCUUCACGUCGGAAGCUAAUCUGACGGACCAAGUUCUCAACAUAACUGUAAGACCUUUGGUCCACAUGGGAGAAGAUGUAAGGAUUCCAAAUGGAGUUAUUUUCAAACUUAACGCAGCUUUUCUUAAUGCCUCUGAACUGGCAAGUGUCAGUAACAGUGACCCUGUCUUUGAAAUCAUGUCCCACCCUACAUAUGGUAAGGUGGUGCGGGUGCAGCCAAAAAUGCCCAAGAGCAUGGUACAGGCCGAUUCCUUCACCUUUCAGGAUGUGACAGAGGGGAAGGUUGCCCUGCAGCUGGAGGCCAACAUGACCGGAGUUGAAGAACUCAACGACUCCAUGGUGUUUCUACUGAAAGCACAAAACAUCCAACCUGCUAAAGGCCGGUUCAGCUUCACUGUUGUGCCAUUUGACCCAGAACUUAUUCCAACCACACAAAGUCCGACUGUCAACACAUCAACAGCUCCUCAGAUAACAAUCCAGAUUCCGAUCAAUGGAACUGCUCCACCAGUCCUGUCUACAGUUCUACCCUCCACCCAGAAACCAGAGAAAGGCCAGCAGAAGUUCAAGGGCCGCAACCGCUGGGGGAACUCCAACAGGACCAGCCUUUUCAGUACCACAGUUGGCCGACCAACACGUGAACCAGAACAUUUUCCCUUUGAGAACACUCCAGUCCGUGUGGAGUCCGACCCUGAGAAGAACUCCAAUCCUCUCUUGGUGAUCCUUCCACUGCUGGCCCUGUUGCUGCUCGUGUUCAUUUUUGUUGUACUGGUUGUAUACCUGCGACAUCACAGGCAACGGAAGCAGAACGCUGCUCCACCAAAGCAGCCGCCGUCACCUGGACCUCCAAACAUUGAGUCCUACCAGGGUCCAACACAGAGGAGCACAACUGUUCCCACCGUGACCGUGACGCCAUUAAACCCCAACUGUCCAGGCAGCCCAGUUCUGGAUCGAUUACUGGUGUUGAAUUCCCCCUCAGGUUAUGACACCAUAGAUUCAAACACUUUCCUCAAUUCCUGGAGUGACGGUUCCACUGUGGCAUCUUCUCAAAAUAUCAGAACUGCCACUCCAACUCUACAGAAGAAUCAGUACUGGGUCUGAGCUGACAGCUCUCAAUAGGUUCUGGAGAAAAGUAUCAUAGUAUCGUAUUUAAAAGCACACCUAAAUGUGGCCACAAUUAAUUAGUAAAUUAUAUUUUUACUAAAGGAAAUCCACUCUAAUCUUUUUUUUAUUUCUUCAA